AUGUCGUCUUUGCCAGUCAUUACUUGUGGCAGCACCAAUGCCCAGAUUUUCAACGCUGUCAAACCUCUUUACUUGCCCGAAUUCGAAAUUAUCCACAAUGUGACUAGCAGCACCUCUGGAGCAGUCGAAAUCCCCCUCUUGCUUCAAGGGCUCGCCCCUCCGGUUUCUGAGGAGGGCAAUCGUGGUACCAUGGAUUAUUCCAAGCCACCUGUGGCCGUUUUUGCAGGGGCUUUAUAUGGCGAUGAGGAAAUCGACGAGAUGCGCCAGGCGUGUCAAGGGAUCAGUUCUGUUCCUUGGUUAAAGAUGGAUAUGACCGUGCCCAAACCGCCGCUAGGGCCGGGGUAUGCGGAGCAUGUUGUGCAGAGGAUUAAAGCGUGUAUGAAGAAGAUUGAAGCUGAGGAACUGCUAGAUCAAGAUGGCUUGUGGCUUUACUAA